CUUCAUUUGACGUUUGAGGUCAUAUUUAUUUUGUAAAUCAAUUUCCAAUUUCCAAAACAAUGCAUUUCAUUUUCAUUUCUUAAUAAUUAAGCGAUAAGUUCUGGAACGUAAAACAAAUAAAACCUUAAUUUACUUUAACACAUAUACUUUAAGGACAUAUUACAUAUCAUCAUGUCUGAAAAGGAUAAAGGGAAAGCUAGCGCUCAAACCAAACAUAUACCAAAAGACGCCCAAGUUAUCAUGUCUAUAAUGAAAGAAGUGGGAAUCGCAGACUACGAGCCUAGAGUUGUAAACCAACUAUUAGAAUUUACCUAUCGAUAUGUAACCUCCAUUUUGGAUGAUGCCCGCGUAUUCGCCAACCAUUCGAAGAAGAAAGCUAUCGAUCUGGACGACGUCAGGUUGGCUGUUCAAGUACAGGUAGACAAGUCGUUCACCAACCCGCCGCCGAGGGAAGUCCUUUUGGAAGUGGCUAGAGUGAAAAACGUUACUCCAUUGCCUUUGAUUAAGCCGCACUGUGGAUUAAGGCUACCACCUGAUCGCUACUGUUUAUCAUCAUGCAAUUACCGUUUGAAGCCAGCCACAAAGAAGGUGGUCCCAAAACCUAUACCUUCCAACCCCACCAUAAAGACAAUUACAUCAAAACCACCAGGGACUCAAAAUGUAGUAGUAAAGAGACCACAGGGAGCCAUUGUUAAUGUGACGUCAAAGGCUGUCAAUGUUGUACCCAAGCCUGUUCUCAAGUUCUCUUCAGGCAGUAAGGUGGUUGCUAAACCAGCGGUGAGGGUUACAGCUGGUCCCUCCGCACACCCUGUCAAAAUGGAAGUGGAUGAAGUGUCACAAAAGAGAAAGAGGGAAGAUGAUGAUUAUGACAUGUAAAAAUGACAAGCAGAAAAUUGUAUUUUUAAAUGAAAUUAAUUAAAUAUUAUUUGUAA